AUGAUGAUGUUCAAGGAUUGUGAAGUCGAAGUGUGUUCCGAGGAAGAAGGGUUUGCAGGCGCUUGGUUUCGAGCCGUGUUAGAAGAGAAUCCAACAAAAUCUGGUCGUAAGAAGCUCCGUGUCCGUUACUUGACUUUGCUAGACGAUGAUGGUCUCUCUCCCCUCACUGAGUUUCUCGAGCAGAGAUUCAUCAGGUCGAUCCCGCCGGAGGAGAUGCAAAACGACGUCGUUUUGGAGGAAGGAACUUUGGUUGAUGCGGAUCAUAGAGAUGGGUGGUGGACUGGUUACAUCUUGAAGAAGAGAGCUGAUAGUGAGAGGUUUCUUGUUUACUUUGAUUCACCGCCUGAUAUUAUUGAGUUCGAGAGGGAUCAGUUGAGGGCUCAUCUUGUUUGGACCGGGUGGAAAUGGGUCGUACCGGAAAAGAAGGAACUGGAUAAGUCUAUGUAUUGCUCAGGAGCAAUGGUGGAAGUGAGAUCUUUGAGAGAAGAUACUGAACCUGCGUGGUACCCGGCAUUGAUGGUUACAGAGAUUGAAGUAUCUGAUGAUGAUGAGAGGAAGUUCACUGUUAAGGACUUUAAUCAGCAGUUGAGCUGCAUUGGUGGCGAGGCAGCACCAAACAUAACUGUUGAGGCUCACAGGGUUAGACCCGCUCCGCCUCCUUCCUCCUCCGUUGGAGAGUAUGAGUUGUUGGAACGAGUAGAGGUGUUGCAUGGUUCUGGAUGGUGCCAAGGGUUAGUGAGGAAACUUCUCACCGAGAGAUGUUACUUGGUUGGUUUAGAAGUUACCAAGGAGGAAUUUGUAUGUAAACACUCGCAACUUCGACCCUUGAUGGUGUGGGAGAAUGGGAUUUGGCGUAACGAAUCGAAGCAAAAGCCCGUGAAGGAGACUCCUUCCAACAUCUUAAACAAGAAUCCAAUGCACUCUUGUUCUGGUCCUAAGCCUUUCACUAGAGUUGAAACUGUGGAUGCCACUGUAGAGUUGAGAACGAAGAAGAGGGCUGAUGUUGUUAUUAUUAGUGAUAAAACUCCUACGGUCACAACUACAACACAGCUGAUACAAACCGAAACUGAAGGACAAAAAUCCUCUGAGAAGAGACUUGAGCUAAAGAUGCCUGAAGAGAAGAACAACAAAUCUGGUGGUAGAAAAAGGCAAAGAGAACAAGAACAACACAAGGAUAUGAAUGAAACUGGAAAUGCAUCUACUAGCUCGGAAGAUAGGGUUAGGAAAAGCGGACAAAAGCAAAAAACUUUAAAAGAAACUCCAAAGAAGCCAAUGCGUUCUUCUUCUGGUGCUAAUGAGAAGGCUACACAGCAUGUGAAGAAAACCCUGAAUCCACAUCACAGUGAAGAGAACAGCGCUGCCACUGGAGAAUUAGGAAAGGAUGGUGUGAUGAAUGAUAAAACCCCGUUGGUUAUAACAACCCCAGACGUGAUGGCAAUAGCGAAAGAAUAUGCAUCCCCUUCUUUGGUCAUAACUGCAACACCAUUGAAACAAACAGAGGCCAAAACUGUUGUAGCAAAUACAUCCCCCAUGGAGGCACCUGAGCAGCCACCUGAGCAGCCAGUGAUGAAUCUGAAUGAUAUUGGAAAUGAUUCAACUCCUCAUAAGACUCCUGAGGAGGAGAAUAGCAAAGCUAAGAGCAGGAAAAGGAAAAGGGAACAAGAUCAACACUCAAACCUGAAUGAAGAAGCUGAUGGGAAUAGCAAUGUUUCAACUGCUGAGAUGAAUGAUACAGCAAGUAAACAUAUGUGCCACGAUGGUGAAGUUGUAGAUCAGCUUAUCUCUACUUGGAUAGAAAAUCCAUCUACUGAGCUGUCUCCUGAUCAGAGCUCAAACAUGGUGAAAAAUUCUGCUUCUGCUGCUACUUGUGUUGAGGAAACACCGGUCAGAGACACUCUAGUUAAUUUGCCUUUUACAAAGAUGGUGCCAUAUUGGAAGACAUGUGAGUCAUCAGAUGGUUUCAAGUCUGUUCCACAAAGGCCUCACUUCAGCCCAUUGCUUGAAUCUAAAGACGAUCCCGAUCACCGUGAGUGGUUAGCUGUUGGCAUGAUGGUGACCUUUUAUGACUUGCUAAAAGAAGUGAAGCGUCUGAAGCUUGAUGAUCCCACAAGCAACCUCAACUAUCUCAUGGUGUCAUUUGCAAAACUAGAGAAGCAUGGUUUCGAAGUUGAAGCUCCACAAGCAGCAAUCAACAAAGUGUUGUCUCUCAAAGAUGUGUUAGCUAAGAAGGAGGAAGAACAAAAGCGUUUGAAGGACAACAUUGAAGAGGAAAAGAGUGGAAGUCUCAAGUUAGAAGAAAUGAGGGUUGAGUUGAAAGGCAAAAUCAGUGAGCUGCAACGCAAAAUCAGUGAACUGCAGAGAGAAGAGGCAGUUGCGGAAAAGAAGAAGGAAGCAGCUGAUAAAAAGAUAGAUGAGAUGAAGGCACAUGUGGGAAUGAUUAGCCAAGAAAUUGAAGAUGUGGAGAUUGAGUUUCAGAAAACUAUAUUAGCUCCAUGGUAACAAGUUAUAUAUAACCUCUCCCUAUUUUGGUAUAAAUGAAACGAGUAGAUGAAGUUAAUAUAAGAGUAUGUCCGAGAUUGUUGGCUUCUCUAAACUUUUAAGGUUAACAACCCUUUUGUAGAUCUUUAAUACUUUAUGAUGAUGAUGCUGUUUUGUUUAACUCAGAGAUAAAUCUGUUCA